AUUUCCCCUCUCUCUAUUUCUCCGCCAUCUACCAAAAUACAAUUUCCCUCCCAAAAUUGUCCGUACUCCCGCCCCAAAGCCUCACCGGCAGAGCUCUGUUCGACGGAGGGGAAAAUGGAAGAAGGACAAGGCGAGGUUGUUGCAACGGAGCAGAGCAAGAUGAAGAAUAGCAAGCAGCGGAGGAACGUCAUUGCUUUCACCGGCGGCGCGGCCGUUCUCGUCCUCGCUGCAAACUUGGCAAUCUGCGCCUUCAAUUCCCACCGGAAGAGGAAGUCCAAUAAGAAAGGUCUUCAAGGCUCCAGCGUUCGGAUUAAUCUGUCUGCGUCGGAGAUUCUCAAAUUGGCUGAUCGAAUCGUCGAGAAGUCGAAGCAAGUUCACGAUGCAGUGGCUUCAGUGCCUCUUGACAAGGUCACGUAUGAAAACAGUAUCUCGCUGAUGGCGGAUUUGGAGGCGGAGCAAUUUGCUUUGAUUCAGUCUUGUCUAUUUCCUAAGUUUGUAUCUGAUUCCGAGGAUGUCCGGAAAGCAAGCGUUGAAGCAGAGCGGAGAAUCGAUGCGCAUGUUCUGGCUUGCAGUAAAAGAGAAGACUUGUACCGAGUAGUUAAAGCUUUUUCGGUGAAGGGAGAUUGGACCAACCCGGAAGCUAAACAAUACAUUAAGUGCCUGGUUAGAGAAUUUGAGCGCAAUGGUUUGAAUCUCACAGUCAGCAAAAGAGAUGAAGUCCAGCGGCUGAGAGCUAAAAUAGAUGAACUAAGCUUGCGGUAUAUACGAAAUCUACAUGAUGAUGAGACAUAUCUUCUUUUCAGCGAGACGGAACUAGAAGGAUUGCCGUCUGAGUACUGUAAGAGCUUAGAAAAGGACGUGGGUGGAAAAUAUAAGAUUUAUAUGAGAAGCAAUCAUAUUGUUGCAGUGCUGGAACUUUGCAAGGUAGGACAAACAAGGAAGAGAGUUGCGGUGGCGUAUGGGAAGAGGUGUGGGCAGGUCAAUUUUUCUGUGUUGGAAAGUUUGGUUGAACAGCGGCACAAAUAUGCUCGCUUACUUGGCUACUUGAACUUUGCAGAAUUUGCUCUUGAUCUUAGGAUGGCAAAGACAUCCGCAAAGGUAUUUGAUUUCUUGGAAGAUAUCUCUGGCAGUUUGACACAUUUGGCAACUAGGGAACUCUCCAUUCUGAAGGACAUAAAGAAGAAUGAGGACGGAGAUCUCCCAUUUGGAAUUGAGGAUCUAUUGUAUUAUAUCAAGAGGUCCGAGGCAAAGCACUUUGACCUAGACUUCAAAGCUCUAAAACAGUUCUUUCCUGUGGAUUUGGUACUAUCUGGCAUCUUCAAAGUAAUCCAAGAUCUCUUUGGAUUAAGAUUUGAGGAAAUUGGGAAUGUUGAGGUUUGGCAUCCAGAUGUUAGUGUCUUUUCAGCCUUUGACUUGACUUCUGGGGAAUUACUGGGGCAUUUGUAUCUUGAUCUGUACACAAGGGAAGGAAAAUAUGGUCAUACAUGUGUUUUGGCGCUUCAAAAUAGUGCAUUAUCACAGGAUGGGACUCGACAGAUAGCUGUGGCAUUACUCAUAUCUCGUUUGCAGAAGGGAAAAGAAGGGAAUCCUUGUUUGUUGAGGUUUUCCGAAGUAGUUAGUCUCUUCCAUGAAUUCGGGCACGUGGUCCAAAAUAUCUGCAACCGCGCAUCAUAUACCAGGUUCUCUGGUAUGCGUGUUGAUCCUGAUUUUGUCGAGAUCCCUGCUCUGUUGAUGGAGAACUGGUGCUAUGAGAGCUCCAUAUUGAAGUUGAUAUCUGGGUUCCAUCAGGAUAUCACAAUGCCGAUCAAGGAUGAAACUUGCAAGUCCCUAAAAAGAUGGCGGUACUCAUUUUCUUCUCUUAAAUUGAAGCAGGAGAUUCUUUAUUGUCUUUUUGAUCAAAUCGUACAUUCUGCUGAUAAUGUGGACAUUGUCGAGUUAUACAAGCAUCUUCAUCUAAAGGUCAUGUUAGGGCUGCCAAUGUUGGAAGGAACCAACCCAGCUUCGUGUUUCCCUCGUAGUGCCAUAGGUUAUGAAGCAGCGUGCUACAGUCGAAUAUGGAGCGAGGUGUUUGCAGCUGAUAUCUUCGCGUCCAAGUUUCGUGGCAAUCUCUUGAACCACCAAGUCGGCAUUCAGUUCCGGAACCAGGUAUUAGCCCCUGGAGGAGCGAAAGAGCCCAUCGAACUCUUAACCGAGUUUCUCGGCAGAGAACCCUCCGUUCAAGCCUUCAUAGACAGCCAAUCUCAACACUAAACGGGGGGAAAAAAUCGCGAGAAAAGUGAACGUUUUCCGGUUGACUAAUUCAGUCUUCUCAAUCUUUCUUUUACCCUUCACAAACACGCUAGGUAUCAAAGGCGGAAAAGAAGAAGAAAAACAAAACGGAAAAUGAAGAAUCAUUUUUUUCCUUUUGUGGGGUCAGAAGAACAUGUUCUUUAUUCUUCUUCCUGUAAUCCUGUUGUUGCUUUAAUUCAGCUUCUCUUUCCUUCUGUUCUCAGUGUUUAGCUCGCUUAUAAACUUAUGUCUCAAAGGUAGAGUGCUUUAGCUGGCGAAAUCUCAUUCAUUUUCUAUCCAUCGAUUGAGAACGCGUAAGAGUGUCUUUGCACUGGGGAUGAUCAAGAACGCUUUCAUUACACGAUAGUCUUCCGUCUUCUAAAUGUUAUUGUCCAUUGUAAUUCAUAGAAGUUAGCGUUGUGAUAAUUC